GAGUCAUACAGAAUAACUUCAGGUGUUUGAGCUGACUUGAUACUGAUACGAUGCCGGAAGAAUAAUUUCAGCAAGAACUCAUCACUUCUGGCUGAACCUGUUGGUAUGGUUUUGCUGAAAAGGCAUGUGAUUAUUUGCAGCCAUCUCAGACCUGUAGGCACACCCGUCACAUAAAUUUACCUGUGGAAAUCUAACCAUGGUAUCAGAUGACAUCUGAAACCCAUAAACAAUAAGCACAAUGGCAACUGGGACAAACUGGCAUCAGCGGAUUCUCUUUAUUAGUGGUUGGAGUGCAAACAAGGGAGGGAUUGUAUUAAAUGUGAUGAGGGACGUUUGGGUUAAACAAGAGGAACUAAAAUUAUAGCAAUAUAACUACACUUGGAAAAAAACCCAGACCUAAUUAGCUAGCUAGCCAAGCUAUUAGGGAUGUAGCUGGAUAUGAAUACAGAUGUGAAUAGUUAGAUACUGUCAGAACAUACAGAAUCACAUCACAGCUCAACGCCAUUCAAUGGGGAAACACAGCGGGUCUUCCAGUGAAGCUGGGAUUAACGAGUAACCAGAAUUUCAGUGUUUAAGGGUGUAGUUGGCUACACAUCAACUACCACUGGUCGUAUGUUUUUUUUUUUUUUAUUAAACGUCAUCAAAGACAAUUAAUUUCUCAUUGGUCACUAGUACAAGUCCUGCGUACAGUAUAAUGCUGUUAUGUAAUAGUUGGAAUGACAGUGCAUUGACAAAUAUUCAGCCAAUAGUGUAAAAAUGGGAUGUUCGAGUGCAUUUUAAUGUUGUAUGAUGAUUCCUCAAUGUUUUGUUUUAAUAAAACAGAUCUACAGACUUCUCGAGUCCAACCUUUGGACAAACAUUGUAGAUAUCUGCCUUUUGGUUAAUUUGUGUAAAAUAUUACUGAAGCGAGUAAUCCUUGUGUUAAUAUUUAACUCCAGCUUUAGAUUGCAAGGAGUAACAGAAACAAGGAACUGCAUGUGGCUCUCUGAGCCUUUAUGUGUUUGUUUUCAGGAUCCCCAGGCACCAGUGCUGGUUUUGGUUUGCUACUUCCUGCCCCUCCUUCUCCAGCAGGUGCAAAUGAGCUCAGUACAGAAGGAUAGAAUUUCAUAGCAACCACCUGGACAUCACGCCCAUCCUUUACUUCCUUAUGGAGGUGGGUGGGGGUAAGGAUGGGGGGGCAGGGAGUAAGUGCACACAUCUCAUCUACUGGGACUGCUUCACUACCUGAAUACGGAUCCCAGUAAGUGAGAAAGAGAGAGCAAGAGGGAGAAGAAUCGACUGUUUUGUUUCUUUUCCGUUUCCAAGAAUGAUCUAUUGUUUGUUCCAUUCGGACUGAAAGUUGUGUCAAGAAUCCAUCCACUGGAGCACAAGCAGAUCAAGCUGAGAUGGCAGGCCAGCCGAUAGAACUGGCAGGACUAGUCCUGAGUCUGGUGGGCCUAAUAGGUGUCGCAGCCAGCACAGGGAUGCCCAUGUGGCGCGUGACGGCAUUCAUUGGCGAAAACAUCAUCGUGAUGGAGACGCGCUACGAGGGACUGUGGAUGAACUGUUAUCGACAGGCCAACAUUCGCAUGCAGUGCAAGGUUUAUGAUUCUCUGCUGGCACUCACACCUGACCUCCAGGCUGCCCGAGGCCUCAUGUGCUGCUCGGUGGCACUGGCUGCCAUUGGCCUGUUCAUUGCCAUCACAGGGAUGAAAUGUACUGCAUGCAUACAAGGGAAUGAGCGUGCCAAACGUAUGAUACUCAUUAUAGCUGGCUCCCUCAUUAUCCUGGCCUGCAUCGCCUGCCUUAUUCCUGUCUCCUGGACCGGCCAUGUGAUUAUACGAGAUUUCUACAACCCCCUCCUGAUCGAUGCCCAGCGAAGGGAGCUUGGCGAGGCGCUCUACAUCGGAUGGGUUUCCUCGGCACUGCUUUUCGCUGGCGGAUGCAUUUUUGUGUGUUGUAGUGGGUCUAAAGAUGACCAAGACUACCAGUCUCAUUACGCUUACAAAAAGAAUGUGCCAUAUGUCGCAUACCAACCUCAACCACAACCAGUGGCAUAUCAGCCCAGACCUGCAGCUGCCUACAGUUUCGCCUCCAGAGAGCCAUCCUUUAUCCAGACGUCCAGUCAACCAUCUAUCGCUCAGACAUCUAGGCAGCAGAGCUUCAUCCAGCCGUCCAGGCAGCAGAGCUUCAUCCAGCCGUCCAGGCAGCAGAGCUUCAUCCAGCCAUACCCACAGCAGAGCUUUAUGCAGCCGUCCAGACACCCAUCAGCUCGUAGUGCUGUUGCCUAUCUGUGAAAAGGACAGCAUAAGCACAAACUAACAGUUAAAUCAGGACCGAACAGGGGAUAUGGUAACCGGAUCCAGUCAGUGGCUAUGUAUAUACUGUAUGUAUGUAUAUCCUUGUUUACUGAAGCUUAAUUGUACUAGCCUCACUGAUGAACUCAGCUUUCUGUGACUUUACUGUGUAAAUCUUUUAUAUACAGUCCUGUGCAAAAGUCUUAGGCAUAUGUAAAGAAAUGCUGUCGACCAAAAAUGGCUUAAAAAUAGUGAAAUGAAAUGUUUCAACAUUAAAUGAUACUAUAAACAGUAAGUGCUAAGCCAUAAUAAAUAAAACAAAGUCAAUAUUUGGUGUGAGACAAAAUUCCCUUUGCUUUAAAAAAAAAUAGUAGUCUGAGGUCCAGUGAGUGCAGUUUUAUACAGAAAUGAGCUGUAGGUUUUACUGAGCAUCUUACAGAACCAGCCACAGUUCUUCUGGACACUUUGACUGUCACACUUGCGUCUUAAUUUUGCCCCAAAACCCAGCAGCCUUCAUUAUGUUUUCUUUUUUAAUCUGAAACGUGGGUUCUUACGUAAUAUGCUGCUCAGAUACAAACUUUUUUUUUCCUGUAACAUUUAAUUUUGUGCUGGAAAAUUACAAACGUUUGGACUCUAAAAUGUUUUUGUACUGACUUGAUAAUGUAGAAGUUAUAAAAUAGAAAUCUAUAACAAAGUUUGUAUGGAAAAAAGAAAAUAGGGUGCCUAAGGGUACUUUUUCACAUUACUGUAUAUAUAUAUAAUCUCACAAAAAGCAUGUGACCACAUGAGAUGAGAUUCCUUUUAUUAUUACUUUUUUAUUUUUUAUUUUUUUAACAUUGUAUUAGCACUUGGAUUGUUGCUUUGAACUCAAGAAUACUAAAAAAAAAAAGUGCUUUGGACCAAAAAGCAAGCUCUUUUUUUUUUUUUUAUUUAUGAGAGCUGUGUUGCAUGCAAUGAUGUUUACCAACCCCUUUGUCCCUUUGUGCACUCCAGUGUCUUGGUGAUCAGUGUGCCUCAGGGCUCCUGUAUGAAAUGUAAGCCAAUGAGAAUGAGCGUACAUUGUCCCAAAUUCUUUAACCAGAUCCGCCCUUUACUUCCGUAGAAACCUAACAACUGAACAAGGAGAACAAGGAGAACAAAUAUCCAAUCAACUUGCAUUAGUGCUGUACAAAGACACACUUUUUUGUUUCAUGUUAUAAGAGAACAGAUUUGUUUUUUCAAAGUUCAAAUUUAGUAAUAAAUUAAGAAAUAUCACAUGCAUUUUUUUUGUUUUGUUUUUAGAUUUAAGGCAAGUAAAUGUUAAAUGUACACAUGUAUUCAUGAACAUGUCGGAUGGCCAAGUCUAUUAAGUCUUUGGUAUGUGUAUUUAUACGCUUGUGUUUCAACACUUUAUUAUUUCUGUAUUUCUGUGAUGUUCACCGUCUAUGCAAGGAAACACAAUUUUGGAACGAGUCCCAGCUCAAGUGAUCACACUUAACCUUCAUAUUCCUUCUGGGGUCCUGGAGACCAUGUUUUUUUUUUUUUUUAAUAAUUCCAAAAAUGUUGCUUUAUUAGAUGAAAACUGUGUAUAAAUAUAUUUCAGAUCAGUUCUGUAUGCACAUAUCGCUUCAUAAAUACACUAUAACUGAUAGGAACCAUGUUAUUAUUUGGGGAAGUAACAUUUUCCAGUCAGCGGAUUAUGGAUUUCGUCACCCUCGCUGUAUUUUGUAGCUCAAGGGUAUGUUAGUGCUAAGGUUGUUUGCUAACUAUGGAGUUAUUCAUUAAAGCAAAGGGAAAGAA